AUGUUAGGUCAAAGAUUCAACGCGACUGAAAUAAAACUUAAAAACUCCACAUUGGAAACAAUUUUAUCACUUGGAAAAAACGACUCUCCUAUCGGAUCCGGCCCUUGCUACCAAAGCAUAGGACCGGGUUCGAAUCCGGCGUACACCAAUGAAUAUUUUCAAUAUUUAAGUGUAUUAUUCUGCUCAGCCCAAGAAAUACAAACGAGUUCCAAUCUCAAAAGUUUACCCCCUACCGUAAUAGUCGCUCAUGACCUUAAAUUACUUUGUACAGAAUCAGAAGUAUUAAAAUUUUUGAAAAAAUUCAUAAAGAUGAUAUAA